CAACAUCAACGACAUCAACAACAAUGACAGCAUAUACUACAACAGAAAUAUCAACAACAACAUUUAAAACAUUUCUAUCAAAAACGAAGCCUUUAAAAACAACUAACUUCACAUCAAAGCCUCGUUUGAGCUUUGAUACUCCUUUAGAGAUCACUGGACAGGAUCCGACUGGGAUUCCCCUAGACGGGUUGACGUCAUCGCUCUUUGGACAGUUCUUCCUGACAAAAGUGGACUUGGAAAAGGAAUUGGACCUACAGAAGGACGUGGAGUAUAUACCAAAUAAAGUCAGCAAUUUCUUCAACCUGGAAGAUCCCUACCAGUCAUACCAACCAGAAGUCAGUGUGUCUGUCUAUACUAUCGGGGAAUCCGACGUCACCACGGCCAAUCCAACUAAUAACGGUGAGAUGUUGGCAUCUUCAACGAUACCACCACCUAUCAAAUCAACAACGAGUUUCGCUUUUACAAAUCUGCAAAAAACAACUACUCCUGAACCUAUCAGACCCACAAGUAAACCGACAACAACAACCAGCCAACUGACAACAAGCCAACUUACAACAACCCAUAAAUUGACAACAACCCGUAAACCGACAACAACCCAUAAACCCGUCACAACAAGUCAACUAACGACAACAACAAUUCAUAAAAUCACAACAACGCUUAAACCAACGACAACCCAGAAACCAACAACUACCUUGGAGCUGUCAACAACCAGGAAACCAGCAAUAUCACUAAAGUUUGCAACAACAACAGCCAGUAAACUUACAACAACACGUGAACCGACAACUACCAGUAAGCCCGUCACAAGGUUACCUAGAGUAUACAGGUUACCUACAGUUUACCAACCACCAAUUCCUCCACCUAUACCUCCUCUGAUCAGAAAUUCAAAUUUUUUCUCUAAAUUCAGUAAAAUUAUUGGGACUAGAAAACGUCCAAUGCAAACAGCUACAGCUCCAAGUCCUUACAAAAGUCUGCAGACCUCCAGUGGGAAAAUUAAUAACGCCGUACCAAGUACUAAAAGGACCAAUAAAAGUAAAAAUACUAAAUUUAUCGUAUCAAAAAAUAAUACAAGAGUGAAAACUAAGGUUACACCAACAUCUACCACAGCAAAAUCAACGACAAUAAAAGCGACGACACAGCCGACGACAAUGGAAUCAUCAACAACAAUGGCGACAACAACUUCCAUAAAACCAACAAAAUCAUCGACAACAACAACUUAUGUAAAACCAUCAACGACAACGGCCUCAACUACCUCAAGAUCAACGACAUCAAGGGUGACAACAACUACCACUCAACUAUCACCAACAAAGGCAACAUCUACCACCAUAGUCAGUAUAACAACAAAACCAACGACAUCGUCGACCUCAAGACAAGAUCACGGUGUUGAUGAUGGUGUUGAUGAAGAGACAGUUCUGUCCCCUGUGUCUAUACCUAAAGUUGUUCCUUACUUGAUUUUCUUUCCAGAUGAAAAAACCAACAGCCAAGGAGGAUAUUCAAAGCAACAGCCUUCUCAUUUAGAUAUCAAGAAACCUAAAAUUGUGUUUGAACCUAAGAAAACUCUGUUGACUCCAAAAUUAAAACCUCGUGUAGACGCAGGCCAAAUGGUAGACCAAUCUAAGUUUUUUGGCAACUCAUCUUCAAAUAUCAAUAGUAACUCGUCUUCAAAUAUCCACCAAAUUAUCAGCGUGAUGGUUAAAGAUAUCAUCUCAACAAAAAUCAAAAUCAAUGACCGGGAGCCGACAUCUAUCCCCAUCGUAACGGCCGGGAACAGAAUCAAAAACAUUACUGAAAUCUACGGAAAAUCCUCAUCAAAUUUUAAGGUCUCACAAUUCAACUCCACUGUGAUUCCAAAGGACAAUGGGAAAAUCUACAUGGAGGAGAAACUUCCAACAUUUGAACCCUACACCCCGACCAAUGACACGAAUUCCACAAACAACAAGAUGUUUCGUGACGUCAAGAAUGUGGUUCAUCAUAACUUUGUAUUAGACAGUUUAAUCGAAAACAUGGCGAAUUUCUUAAAGAACGACGAGUCUAAAAUUCAGUUUCAUUUGAAUGAAGAUCAUCAUGACAAGAAAGCAAAUAAUGUGUUAAAUAUGAAAGAACAGAUCAAGGAACGGAUUGACAGUAGUAUUAUGUCUAAUGGAGAUAAAUUAGAUUUACCUGGUGCCGUAUCUGAUUUGAACAUCACAGAAAGUAUAGCUCCACAGCGUACUCAAAGUGAAUCCCAGGCAAGACUCGACCUUCAGAAUACAGUAUUGGGUAGUAACGAAAGGUUUAAAACUUUUGAGAGGAAAAACAAGAAUCUAAACCAAGGAAAGUUAAUUCGCUGGUUUAACAUUAACAGCAAGGUUUACCGAACAACGCCAGCUUCAGACACUGUCACAGAAGUGACGUCAAGAAUACAAGGAACCACUCCGACGUCAUUUCCUGUUUUACAAACCAUCCCUCCCUUCCCAACUCAUGCCAUACCGUUGCGUCCAACUAGUCAAUCUACGUCUCUUAAAUCGACAUUAAUAUCUCUGCUACCUCCGCCAAUUCCGUCAAAAAACCUGUUCUAUCAUCGUCCAGGUCAGAAUCCGGCAGACUUACCACAUCCUACAGUCAAGGUUCAAGGUACAUCAACUCAACAUGUAAUAUCGACAACUAAGUCAAAAACUAUCCUCGCAGACAAACGCAACCCGGAAUGGCCGGAUACUCCAUCCAGCUUUCCUUUGAGUGAACACUAUUUUUCAUUACAAGCUCUGAAACCGACCGAUGGACAUACAACAAGUGCUUCAGAGAGACUGACGACGACAACGCCGACAACAAAACAAACGACAACAAAACAAACGACAAAAAAACAAACGACAACACCACAGCUGUCGACAGUCACUCCCAUAUUCAACAUGCCGGGUCUGUCACUUGGUGUGACUACUCCAAUCAACAAAAUUAGUCAGCUUUUCUUUCCCCCAGACUUUACGCAGAAAAAAUCCCUAACCGAAAUCAUUAACUCGGAUCCGAGAAUCGUGGAAGGGGUCUACACCAAAGAUGUGUACCCUCCAUCACGGGAGCAGAUCAACGCUUCUGACGUCAUACUGUCAACCCCGUACCAAUUGAAAGACCCUGUCUCCAGAGUGCCUCUGUUUCUGAAAAGCACGCCGAGUAGUAUACUCACAACAUCCUCUCAGCGCCCUCUGUCAGAAAAGGUACAUAAAACACGCUCUUCUUCCCCAAGCUUACCAACAAUACACCGCGUGAUUAAGUUAAUGCCCAGCCGGAAAAGGAAUCCGACAUUACAGCCAAAUAAAGGUUCGGAAUCCGCUAUACUUGAAAAAACUUCAGAGAAUCCCAAACCCGACCUUACACUCGGAAGUGAAAGAUCGAGUUCGGGAAUCGGUAACUCUAAAAUCCAACUCUCUCCUGCGUUUACUUUUUCUAAUGGAUCAGCCUUAACCACAAACGUACAUAGAAAUACAAAGGAAGUCAGGACUUUCCGAAAUGUUGGCAAAGACAUCUUAAAGGAAAUCUUCAAAUCACCUAAAGUAAAAAAGCACGAGAUUCUCUCUGGUAAAGUGAAAUUACCAAGGGGUAAAAACGCUGUGAUUUUAGACAUCGGACUUUUGAAUAAACUAAUGGACACCUUCAAACAAUGGCUAACAAGUAUGAGAUUACUGGUGGUCGAGAAAUAGCGUAGUAAAUGCUGUAAUUCAUUCUCAGUGACGUAUGGUUGUUGUCAGUGAAUUUUGUUUCUCAGGACUUUUUGUGGUGGGCAACAAAUACUAGUAACCCUCAGAUCUUCCGAAGAUUUGAAGAUAUGAUCUCUUUAGCUAUUAAUUACUAUUCAAUAAAGAAAAGGUCUAUAGAAUUUACCUUUUAAAUUUGGGCACUUUUUCAUAUUCUUGUAUAUAGCUAUACUUUUAAAAGAGAUCAUUAAGUAUACAACUGGUAACUACAACGACCAUCGAGUCCUAUUAAAAGUUGUUUCAAAGCAAUGAUGGAUCACCAAGAAACGCCCUAUUGCCAUUGAGCCGUGUUACACGAAUUUAUCAAUUCCAAGGAAAAUGCCAAUAUUAAAAUAUAUCACCUACUGAAUGGAGAUCACAUCUAGCAAAGGAUGGUUAGUGUAACGUGGAGACAUUACGUGUAAAAUAUUGAACUUGCAACUGUGGUGCUCUUGUCUCGUUGUUCAUAUCUUAUUCUACAAUGAAUGGUGAUCACUUCAGGCAUUGCAGAUGAUUUUUUAUAUAGAAUAGAGAUAUUAUGUUUAGCAUCUUGAUGACACUUAUAUAUAUAUAUAUACUUCAUUAUUUUAUUUAAUUCUACGUGAAUCGAUACUAAACAGAAAGUAAAAAAUUGUAUAGUUCCAUUGCACUUGAAGAAAACUCAAAAUAUACGUUCCGGUUGAAAAAUGAGAAGGAGGUUAUGUUUCAAUAUUAAUUCAAAAUGGCGACAAAUACGUUGUAUCCUAUUAAAAUGUUACCUCAAUAUUAGUUUGAUUUAGGGUUCUCCGAUCCUCGACUACCCUUGAUGUCCCGGAAUUGUUUUAAUUCGUACGAUAAGUUUAUCUGCCUUUUAUAUAGACAAAUUUAAUUAGCCUCCUGGUGUUAAUAUUAUUCUCAGUUAUUCAACGUAUUGCUUGGCUUAGUAUAUAUACACCAACAUCUAUAAUAUACUUCAUAUAGGUAAAGGGGAUCAAACUACUGGUGCCUUUCUGAUUGAUUUGAUCUGAACUUGUAUAUUUAUUGCAUUAUAUCCGUCGUUGUUAAAAUUGCGACAGCUUUGUCAAAUGCUAUGGAUACCACCAUAUACCAUCACAUUGCAUUCCAUUUGUAAGGCUUAAGGGAGAAAUAAAAUUUUAUGAUGAAACAAAAAAACCUUUGAGGUUAACGAUCGGAUAACCUUAACAUUGAUAUUUUCAGACUAUCUGUUGAGAACUUACAAAAGGACCGAUAUAUACCAAACAAAGUAAACCAUCCAUUAGUUUAUGAAGUUUCAUUGCACUGGAAUGUCUAGAAAACUCACAAUAUACGUUCUGACUGAAAAAUGACCAAGAGGUUUUGUUUAAAAAUCAUAAAAUAUGGGGACCACCACGUUACAUCCGUUCAAAAUGUUUUACCAGUAUCGAUAUUUAGUUGAUUUGACAUUGAUUUUUAUAGACAAUUUGUUGUUUGGGAUAAUCAUUUACAUUGAUUGCCAAAAUUAACUGCAAAUACUACCCUAUUUAUGUAUUUAUACUUACUGUUGAUUUGAAAAUAAAUUGG